GGAACUCUAAAACGGAUAACCUGCUCCCAACCCUUAUUCGCAUGGGCGUAAGUAGAAAGGUGAAACCUCUAUGGAAAAAGAGAAUCGAUCUGACGCAUUUCUGCAUACGUGUGUCUGUUCAUCCCUGAAAAGAGCUAGCUCAGCUUCCGUAGCGCACGCGUAAGACUGAACCCCGUCUCUCCCAAGUCCAGUCGAUUGCGGAAACAGAACGCGGCUAGUUGCUUUCGCUUCUGUGUGUCGUCUCAAAAAGUGUACCACUUCCUCGCCUGAGUAGAUCCCGCAACAGUAUUGAAUGAGGCGGUACCGCAUUCGCUUUUCCUUGUUUUGCUCCUAAUUCUUUUUUCUCUAGAAGAAGAGAGACAGACGACUUCUCCUCUUUCGGUGUAGAGUAGCAAACGUACCCGCUCUUCCUACUCGAAAACGGGUGUUUUAUUCCCUUGUCCUCUUGUCUACGUUCGCCUCAGCCACGUGCGGUCUCUUCCUUUAUUACGUUGCGGAGGCAAGGAAAAUUACACAGUAGUGAAGACGCUUCUAAACUUUCCCGGGGACCUUUUUUCUGUAGUCUCUCUGUUGUCUUACUGUUGAGAAUUGGAAAAAGCCAGGCAUGACGUGACUUGAGCAAUCGCUUACUUUCGGGUUUCAGGUGGGCCCUGGUGUGCGAGAUUGGUGCUGCGACUUGGCACAUGAUCACCGUCAAAUUACCUGCGUAGAACAGGCAGUCUGUCUGUAUUCUGAGCAGCAUUUCAAAUGUCCUCUCCGUCUAGUCAUCGCGACGCCGUACGGUCAUGACCUUUGAUGUUUUUACAAAUGUGUUCCCUCUCGAAUAAGGGAGAGGCAGCCGCCGUGCACUCUGUGUGUGCGUGUUGUUUUGGCUUAGGCUUCGUUUUUUGUCAAAGACAAGGUUUUUCUCCUUUCACUCCGGCCUCCGUCUUGUGGUUGCCCCUUUCUUUGCUCGAUGUUCAACGCUUUUGCUUUCUGCUCGCCUUUUUAGGCUCCCUGUGAUGCUUUUCUUCGUAGUCCACUAGUUCUUGUUCGGCAAGGAGCCGAGGGUUUGCCUGUCGUAAUUAAUCUUACGCGCUUGCUGUUGUUUGUCCCAUCUUAUCCGUGGUUGUCCGUCCGCAGUUUUCUUUCCCAUGUUGCAAAAGCUUCUCUUUGGCAUUCUUUGGACAGAAAAGUCUCGUGCCGUGCCAAACGCGGUGAAGUCUGUGAGACUCGUUUCCCCGCUCUUUUAAAACCAGAGCCAGAGAUGAUGGCAAUCGAAUCGGGUCACUCCAGUCCUGGAGUCUCUGUGGAGAUAACAGACCUCCACAGUUCACAUGAUACUACGUCAGAAGAGCUUCAGGAGACAGUGGCACAUACACGAGAUGGAAAAGUUAUAACAUUUCUACAUCCUUCGCCCACUGACUUGCAGGUUCUUUCCUCUGAAUCCGUUUCUCGGAGCCUUUCCUGCCGAGAUUAUUUUCUCGCAACGAAGACAAAUGAAGGUGCGCCGAUUCAACACCGGCAUAAAGUGAAGUCGACUGGCGCCUUUGGCACGGGCGUGAUUAUCUGCAAGGCCUUCAUGGGGAGCGCCUUUACUUUGCUCCCUUACGCCGUCAUGAAAGGCGGCCUUAUUUUCUCUUUCCUCAUUUUAGCUGGCGUCCUUGUUCUCAGUGUGUACUGUAUGGAACUGCUUUUGGAAUGCUGUGAAGGCGACGCGUGCGCUACAUACGAAGCUGUUGCCGAACACGCUCUAGGGAGAUGGGGCAGAACUUUAAUAGAACUGUGUGUUUUUUCAUCGCAGGUGUCAUUCUGUUCUGUUUACGCUGUAGUCGCGUCACGAUAUCUACGCGAUGUCAUUCUAGUCACCGCGGGAUGCUCGCCCAAUGUGGAUAUAUCUGUAACCACAAUAAUUUGGUGUCUAGGAGUAUACUUUUUUUCUCUCAGUUUCGUAAGAAACAUGACGUACCUCGUACCUCUUUUGUUAGUGGGAAAUAUGGGGACAAUUUUCGGCAUGUUCAUCCUUAUUGUUGCCGUCGUUGUUCAAAUGAGCCAACAACGAAUGGUUCGGUCGGUCGAAUUGUUCAAUUUCGACGGAUGGUCUCUCAUUCUGGGAAUGAGUAUCUACCUCUGGCUAGGAGCUGGCCUGAUUCUCCCCAUUCGCAAUACAGCGAAGCCCGCCGUUCAACAGAAAUUUUCCCAGCUUCUCAUUUCUAGUCUCACAGGCCUCAUAUUGCUGUACGUCGUGUACAGCACGAUUUGCGUUCUUGCAUUUGGCAAGGAUGUGAAAGAGAUUAUUCUCUCCAAUCUCCCUUCCGGUCCUCUGGGAACCACUAUCCAGGCAAUCUUCGUCAUUGUCGUUUUAUCUACGUAUCCGCUAAUGCUCUAUCCAGCCACUGGCAUCGUUGAGGAGAGACUCCUCCCGUAUGUUGUGACCUCAUGUCGAUGGGCGCUGCAGCUCGCCAGUGUGACCAUUCGCAUUAUCCUUGUCCUCUCCACCCUUGCAAUGGCCACAUUGGGGAAGCACCAGCUAGGAGGGCUUGUGUCGUUGAUUGGAGCGGUAUGCGGCGUCCCUCUUGCUUUUAUUUUUCCCGCACUGAUGCACCUGAAGCUCAGAAGACCGCAGCAGUUUCUGCGGCGACUGUCCCACUAUCUCAUUGUUCUUAGUGGCUUUGCAGUCCAGGGCUUCUCUGUUUACAAUACAAUAUCGGGCUGGCACCGCAAAUCUGACUACGGCAGCGCUUGCCCAAAUGUGAAUCUAAGCGACUAACAGGAGAAAAGUAGCGCAUGUCACGUGGAUUGACUGGGUCAGAUGGAAGAGAAAGAGUAUGACGUUGGUUAGUUAUCCGCUCCAACGAGCGGAAGAGCUGGAAUGGUGAACAGUUGCAGAUAUACAUAUUUAAUCGUGGAAAGGUGCACUGUCCCCUUCUCACUGCCAUUCUCCCACUGUUUCAGGUAGACGGAGGGUGGGUAACGCUUAAGCAUUGUGAAUGAUUUUGUGCAGGCAUUUGAGUGUUCGGGAAAAUGGACAGAGAAUAUAACGAAGGUAGACGGUGUGAGGCCUCUUACGAGAUGAUUUUACUCGCAGUGGUUGUCUCAUUUUGAUAUAGGUAUGAGACGGGAUUUGCCAUUGAUUUAGUGUGUCGUCUGUAGAGGCGCGGUACACAUUCCUCUUUAAUGCGUCUUAGCAAAGGUGGUGUUUCAGGGACGGCUGAGUUCAGCGAACAGUAAGGGAGAGUCGUUGCGUGGCGUUCACGCGUUUGGUUUAAAAGGGGACUAGGAUCGCGUGCCUAGACGGUAAAUCGAGGACACACUAAGAGGCGAAUCUUGUUGUUUGAUCUUGUAAAUUUUUUUGAGGAGGCGUUGCCUCGAGGAGACUUUGUCGCCGCGUAGAACGGUUUUUUUUCCAUGGCGGAAGAGGUGCCACGGCAUCCGAAGAAGCAGUCACGGUGUCAUAGUGUCCCGGUCCGUUUUGUUUGUCCACGCACCUGAUGCAUGAAAAUUGUGUGCAAACCUGAUCAGAUGAAUCGACCAACUUUCCCUGAUAUACCCCCGGAGCGCGGUAGGCCCCCUAUUUUGCUGCCGCUUGUUCGAUCACGUGCCUCACACCGUCGAUUAGUAGUAUAAGCACCAAGGGAAGAGGGAGUUCCUGUGUACGAAUCACACGCACGCAACAAGCCACAACCUUUCGCUCGGCAUAUCGUUCAUAUCCUUUUGUGCUUGUCUUUCUCUCGGGACAUUCCAAAACGGCAUUGUCAGCUCUCUCACCGCGGCUCCAACUGUCGCUUUUGCACGUGUGCCUCCGCAAAUUACAGCCUUGUCUCUCAUUGUGCACCAGAGUGGUUUUGAUAUGGGUGUUGGCUCUCGUAUCAAACCAGAGAAGGUUGUCGCGCAUGCCUCAGUUUACUGUGUGUUGUAGAGAACACAAGACUUCCGGGUGAUCCUGUAAGUAAUAGAGACCGAAGGCUUAAGCUAAAAAUCUAUAUAUGGACUCCGAAUCAUUCUGUUUCUUGUCUGCAUUCUGAGAUUUAUGAUGAUGAAUGAAGUUCGCUCAGGCAGUGAUGGCGACAUAGGCACAAGACAACUUCUCUUUCUUACUGCAGUCAAUCUAGGAAAAUGGAUGGGCGAGGAUAUGA